AUGCGUUCUAUUCUUGUUGCUCUGGCCGUGGGCAAUGGCACUGGACCCGAAUUGCUGGCCGUCUUCGAGAAAGUCAUCCUAGCACUGGCAGCCCCGUACGACUUGGAAAUCAAAUUCAUCAAGUCCUCUCGAACCUAUCAUUCCUACUCCUCGCUCCUAGCCAUCAAUGAUACGGAUGUGGUGACUGAGGAAACCCUCACCGAUGCAGAUCAUUAUGAAGGCUUCUGUCGCGAAGUAUCCAGCCUUGGGGCAUGUGCAGUGUUUCGAACGUCCAUCAGCGCACAAGCGCUUUAUAUGGUUCGAGACCGGCUGCAAGCUGUCAAAGUUGAGCAUUUCGAAUUGAAUCCUUCGACGUCAAUCCUCCUGAUGCGGGAUGAGGCGCAGGGAUGCUACUCCGGACUGAACAAAUUCGACUCAACCCGGGAGACGGUGACACGAUCAACGUACUUUAGCAAAGGAGUCUUCGAACAGCUCCUCGCCUUCUCCCUUGCCCGUGCGCAUGAAGUUUGGGGGCCCGAAGUCGACAUCAACACGGUUACGCUAGUGUACAAGUUUCACCUGUUCGACGGCCUGUUUUACUCCUGGGCCCAAGAAUGGGAGGGAUCCUUCGGAGUUGGCAUCCACUUCGUACAGGGAGACACGAUGAACCGCAACCUACUGGCCUUCGGCAUGCAGGGUCGCCAGCUGAUGAUUUGCGCCAAUGAAUACGCAGACAUUAUGCAAACCAUCCUGCUGGAUCGGUUUGGGUUUGGGGCUCAGGAGUCUGCUUGCGCCGAGAACGUCUAUCUCUCCCCCACUGUGAACAAUGGCCUAAGCGAGUACCAAACGGCGCAUGGAUCGGCCGACGACCUUACCGGAAAGGGUGUGGUGAAUCCUUCGGCCACCAUUCGCGCGGCCGCAACAUUGUUGGAGAGACAAGGGGGAUGCAGUGGGGUCCAACGCCAAAUGGAUACCACUCUGGAUGAGCUGCACGCGAAGCACAUCCGGACCCCGGACCAGGGCGGCACGACCAACACAGAAACCUUCGUUGACGCCGUCUUGCAAACGAUCGUUCCCAAUCUCCCCGUGGGUGUUGGUGCGAGUGAGCCACUCGGGGUCGAGGGUCUUCUAGCGUCCCCGCCCAGCGGUAGCAAGUCAUGUCUAGUGGUGAUGGAUUUCCAAAACGACUUUAUGACUGACUACAAGUCGCCGCGGAUGAUGGCGCGAAUCAAGGAAAACAUGCCGCGGGUCGUAGACUGGGCCCGCCGCGAGGGAAUGCAGAUCGCGUGGGUCCGAUUCCUAGGCGAUGAAAAGUAUCAACCGCAAACGUGGCGACGUCGCAACCAACUCCAGGGUCGCCGGGCCUGGUGUCUGGAAGGCAGUCGGGGGGCGGAAAUUGCCAGUUGCGUGCAGGUGGAGGCAUAUGAUCGCAUCUUCGACAAGAAGGCCUAUUUCGACCCGUUCCUGGCGCCGGACUUUGAACGUUUCGCCUCCAGAUUCGAGCAUUUUGUCGUGGUGGGCCUUUUUGUGGAUAUCUGUGUGGACGCUGCGGUCCGAGGCGCGUUCCAGCGCGGGUUGUGGACCACCGUCGUCCGUGAGUGUACGGCGGGCUUACAUCUGCCCGAAGAGCAAAGCUUUGCUUAUCUGCAGGCUGUCUACGGCUGUGAUGUGGUGGGGAUUGAUCAUUUACUGUCUAAUCCAGUGGCCAGUCUGUAA